AUGUCUAGCGAUUUCGCUAUCUAUAUUCGAGACAAGCUUUUCGACAGCAAAACAUCUGUCGACCAUAAAAUCUUACAUAGUGUAAACAAGAAAGGUGAAUUUGUUCUAAAGUUCUGUUUCUGGGAAUAUGACAAGAACCAUAAAACAUUAAGCAGAGCAGUCUUAAAAUUUGUCAAUGACAGACUUGUUGACAGAGAUGACGCCUCUUGGAAAGAUGAAGUCCAACAAAACUUCUUAGAAUGCAAAGAAGACACAUGCGCUGUUCUUGAAGAUGAAAUAGAAAACAGAAUAGAAGAGCUAUUAAAGGACAAAGAACUUUUACAAAAAUAUGGUUCGGAGAAAUUUGACAUAACUCCA